AUGUUUGGAAAAAAAAAGAAAAAGAUUGAAAUAUCCGGCCCAUCCAACUUUGAACACAGGGUUCACACUGGCUUUGAUCCACAGGAACAGAAAUUUACCGGCCUCCCACAGCAGUGGCACAGCCUGCUAGCAGACACCGCCAACAGGCCAAAGCCCAUGGUGGACCCUUCCUGCAUCACGCCCAUCCAGCUGGCGCCCAUGAAGACAAUCGUUAGAGGGAACAAGCCCUGCAAGGAGACCUCCAUCAACGGCCUGCUGGAGGAUUUUGACAGCAUCUCCGUGACCCGCUCCAACUCCCUGAGGAGGGAAAGCCCGCCCGCCCCGGACCAGGUCGCCUCCAGCCGGGGUCCGGGCCAUCGGGAAGAAAACGGCUUUCUCACCUUCUCGCAGUAUUCCAGCGAAUCUGACAGCACUGCAGACCACGCGUCCGAAAAGUACAGAGAAAAGAGUCUCUAUGGAGAUGACCUGGACCCGUUUUAUAAAGGCAGCCACGCUGCCAGGCAAAAUGGGCACGUGCUGAAGAUGCAACACGGCGAGGCCUAUUAUCCUGAGAUGAAGCCUUUGCAGUCCGACAGAGCCAGAUUUCCUGCAGACUAUCAUGCACACUCGGACGCACUGAGCAAACCCAGCGAGUACAGUGACCUCAAGUGGGGCUUCCAGAGAGCCUCGGGCAGCUCCCCUCUGGAUUAUCCGUUCCAGUUCACACCUUCUAGAACCGCAGGGACCAGUGGGUGCUCAAAGGAGAGCCUGGCGUACAGCGAAAGUGAAUGGGGACCCAGCCUGGAUGACUAUGACAGGAGGCCAAAGUCAUCGUACCUGUGUCAGACGAGCCCUCAGCCUGCCAUGCGGCAGAGGUCCCGCUCAGGCUCCGGGCUCCAGGAGCCCAUGAUGCCCUUCGGAGAAAGUGCAUUUAAAACCCCCCAAGGACAUUCCUACAGCUCCUACACGUACCCGCGCCUGUCUGAGCCUGCAGUGUGCGUUCCAAAGGUGGACUAUGAUCGAGCACAGAUGGUCCUCAGCCCACCGCUGUCAGGGUCUGACACCUACCCCAGGGGUCCUAGCAAACUACCUCAGAGUCAGAGCAAAGCAGGCUAUUCCUCAAGCAGCCACCAGUACCCAUCCGGGUACCACAAAGCCACCCUGUACCACCACCCAUCCCUGCAGACCAGCUCACAGUACAUCUCCACAGCUUCUUACCUGAGCUCUCUCAGCAUCUCAUCUAGCACCUACCCCCCACCCAGCUGGGGCUCCUCCUCAGACCAGCAACCCUCCAGGGUGUCCCAUGAACAGUUCCGGGCUGCCUUGCAGCUGGUGGUCAGCCCAGGAGACCCCAGGGAAUACUUGGACAACUUUAUCAAAAUUGGGGAGGGGUCGACCGGCAUUGUGUGCAUCGCCACGGAGAAACACACUGGAAAACAAGUCGCAGUGAAGAAAAUGGACCUCCGGAAGCAACAGAGGCGAGAGCUGCUUUUCAAUGAGGUUGUGAUAAUGCGGGAUUAUCACCAUGACAACGUGGUUGACAUGUACAACAGCUACCUUGUCAGUGAUGAGCUCUGGGUGGUCAUGGAAUUCCUAGAAGGCGGUGCCUUGACAGACAUCGUUACUCAUACCAGAAUGAAUGAAGAGCAGAUAGCCACUGUCUGUCUGUCUGUUCUGAGAGCUCUCUCCUACCUUCACAACCAAGGAGUGAUCCACAGGGACAUAAAGAGUGACUCCAUCCUGCUGACAAGCGAUGGCCGGAUCAAGCUGUCUGACUUUGGUUUCUGUGCCCAAGUUUCCAAAGAGGUGCCGAAGAGGAAAUCUCUGGUUGGUACCCCCUAUUGGAUGGCACCCGAGGUGAUUUCCAGGCUGCCGUAUGGGACAGAGGUGGACAUCUGGUCCCUUGGAAUCAUGGUGAUCGAGAUGAUUGAUGGCGAGCCCCCCUACUUCAAUGAGCCCCCCCUCCAGGCCAUGCGGCGGAUCCGGGACAGUUUACCUCCAAGAGUGAAGGACCUGCACAAGGUCUCCUCGGUGCUGCGGGCAUUCCUAGACCUGAUGCUGGUGCGGGAGCCUUCUCAGAGGGCCACAGCGCAGCAGCUCCUCAGACACCCGUUCCUGAAGCUGGCGGGGCCGCCGUCCUGCAUCGUUCCUCUCAUGAGGCAGCACCGGCAUCACUGA